AUGAGGCUGCGGGAAGGUCGCGGAGUCCCCACAAAGCGCUCGCUUUCCCUCAGUGCCCCCCCAAAGCCCAGCCCCACGCGCGACCCGGGCGGCUCGCAGGUGGCGAAACGGCGUGGGGAACCCCUCGAGGUCCGGGCUGGAGAACGGCCCCAGCGCUCCCACCCCCGGCCGCACAGCGGUCCCACACGCACACACGUGCGGGCUCAGCAGAUCGCCGCGUUUGAGUCACGGCGGUCAUUAUUUUGCCUUUCCCAUCAAGCAGGACCCAACCUCGGUCUCUUUCCGUUCCUUCCCUGGGGGGCGGCGGGGUAUGGGACCCCCUCAGCCCCACUCAGGUGCUCGCUGGCUCUCUCCCCAGGUGCGAAGCCGGGCGAGGAGCCAGCCGGAGAUUCACCCAAAGCCGAGAAUGAGUCCCAACCCCUGCAUGGCUCCGGCAUCUGUAAGUGGUUCAACGUCCGCAUGGGCUUCGGCUUCCUCUCCAUGACCGCCAAGGGCGGCGCGACGCUGGACUCACCCGUCGAUGUCUUCGUGCACCAGAGCAAACUGCACAUGGAGGGCUUCCGCAGCCUGAAGGAAGGUGAAGCCGUUGAAUUCACCUUCAAGAAAUCCUCCAAAGGUUUGGAGUCCAUUCGAGUGACCGGCCCAGGGGGCGUCUUCUGCAUUGGCAGUGAAAGGAGACCCAAGGGCAAGAGCCUGCAGAAACGCAGAUCGAAAGGAGACCGAUGCUACAACUGCGGCGGGCUGGACCACCAUGCCAAAGAGUGCAAGCUGCCUCCGCAGCCCAAGAAAUGCCACUUCUGCCAGAGCAUCAGCCACAUGGUCGCCAACUGCCCUGCCAAAGCUCAGCAGUCCCCCAGCUCUCAGGGAAAGCCUGCCUACUUCCGCGAGGAGGAGGACAUGCACAGCUCGGCCCUGCCCCCCGAAACCCGGGAAUGAUGGUGGGCGGCAGGGAGGGCUAACAUCAGGAUGGAGAGGCUUUGGCAAG